AUGGAGGACGGCGGAGCAUUUGUGGCUGGUGGAGGGACUAUCGCCACCAUGAGGAGCAGGAUGGGACAGCAGGAUAGCAGUUGUUCUGGAUUCUUGAACGACCAAUUCGAAGGGCUAUCUCACGUCAGAGAUAUAAGAGGAGUCUGCACCAUAGGGCCAUGGUACAUGGUGCCAGUCAAGUUUCUCCGCAAUCCCGAGUCCGCGGACAUGAUAUCGAACAACUCCAUUGUUCCCAGGGACGCCGGACAAGCCGCCAACAGACAUAUCAGUGCCGAAUGUUCUAACGGUACUCGUGGCUCGCAGUUCGCCGGGAAGCUCGGAGCUAUGCAGGAAAUGCUGGUUCGUCGUUGUCUCGUUGUGUCCGGCGUCAGACCAGCUAUUGACCGCCGCGCUGGCUUAUCCACCGUUUUAUGA